AUGGGAGCGAAGAGUCGGCGGAGUGGAGGAGCUGUAACCGCCGUGAGCGGUCCCGACUCCGGCGGCCGGAAACCGCUGCUUGCAGCUUCGAGCCGCCUGUGGCCCCGCCUCCGGCGGUCCUGCCUCUGGUGGCCCCGAACCCCGGCCUGCAGCCUCCAGCCUCCGGCGGCCCCUAGCCGCAGCCUGCAGCCUCUAGCCCCCUGCAGCCUCCAGCGGGCCGAGCCGCUGCCUGCAGCCUCCAGCCGCCUGCAGCCACCAGCCGCCUGCAGCUUCGAGCCGCCUGCGGUCCCACCUCCGGUGGUCCCGCCUCUGGCGGCCCUGAGCCACCUGCAGCCUUCAGCCGCCUGCAGCUUCCAGCAGCCCCGAGCUGCCCAGAUACCAGUGGUCCAGCAGUCCAGCGGUCAGCAGUCCCGACGCCUGCAGCCCCUAGACGCGAGUGGUCCCGAGACGCCAGCGGUACAGAGGUCAGUGGUCCCAACGCCUGCAGCCCCUAGACGCCAGCGGUCCCAAGACGCCAGCGGCCCUGAGAUGCCAAUGGCCCCUAGCCACCAGCAGCCUCGCCGCAAAAUGCCUUGCCACCCCAAGCCACGAGUGGCCUUGUCCGCAGCGGUGGCUUCCUCUGGGUGGCAGCCUUGUCAGAGUGGCAUCAUGGGGAGCAGAGUCUGUGUCAUCCGGGUUGUCCUCCUUGUCAUCGUCGCUGUCAUCAUUGCCUCUUCGUCGUCAGGAGUGGCCUUGUCUGGAGUAACCUCUCAGCUUACCAUAAUGUGGCAUACUUAA